AUGAUAGGACGAUCUCUUAGUGAAGUGUUGGAUGUGAAAUUGUUUGAAAAUAGAAGGAUAUGUAUUGAUGAGGUUUUACCUCAGAAUGUGGAUUUUUUUGUAGUUGAGAUGUCUGAUAUUCUGAAAGCGUGUAUAUUUGCAUUUAACGAAAGCUCUGAGCAUUACAAAAAGAUUGCAGUGCGAUAUGGAUGGAAUGUGAGUGUGAAAUCUGUGUACGAGUGUAGUUAUGUGGAUUCUGGUAUUUUGGAUGAUGUCUGGUGUGCAUUGAAUGUGCAUGAAUGCAAUGCAAGCGGAUGGAUUGAUGUAUACAGAUCGAAUACAUGCAAAGUGACUGACUGGUACAAGUAUGAUAUUGUUGUGAGAGUUGAGCCUUUGAGUAGUGGUGUUUCAACAGAAAUAGAUGGGAGAGUGGUGGUUUUUGAUAGGGAAAGAGAAUAUAUGAAAGUGAAGUAUAAGGUGCUUGGGAAUAAGGUUGUUUAUUACAUUGAGUAA